GUCAGCCGCAUGCUCAGCCCGGUUCGCGCCAACUAUAAAGCCAAGGGCGGGGCCUGCGAAUACCUCUGCAAAUACAAGCCAAGAGCUGCACCGAUCUGCUGAUUAACUACUCAAUUAGCCAGCAAAGCGAGAGUACUUUCUUGAUCUACUGACAGAGAUAUAAAAAAAGAGAACAAUGGGUCUUGCGUCAAAGUUGGCAGCCGCGCAGGCAGCGUCGGGUGCGCUCCAGGGUAUGAUGGGAUCGACGGGCGGGAUGGGCGGGAUGGGCGGGAUGGGCGGGGCGAUGGCGAAUAUGAAUACGAAGCCUACAGGGUAUGGUGGUGCGUCGCAGCAGCAGUAUGGGCAGCAACAGUAUGGGCAGCAACAGCAGUAUGGUCAGCAGCAACAGUACGGUCAGGGUCAGCAGGGACAGUAUGGACAACAGGGACAAUACGGUCAACAAGGCCAAGGUCAAUACGGCCAGCAAGGCCAAGGCCAGUACGGUCACCCGGCGCAACAGCAGCAGCCAUAUGGACAGCAGGGCCAGCAGGGCCAGCAGCCGCCAUAUGGCCAGCAGCAGGGCCAGUACAACCAACCCAAUCAAUACGGCCAGGCCGCAGCCGGUGCCGCGAUGGGAGCAGCAGUCGGCGGCGCUGCUGCCUAUGGCGCGCAACAGUACGGCGCCCAACCCGGCGCCGGCGCGUACGGCCAGCAGCCUGGCGGCAAUGCCUACGGCCAGCAGCAGCAGCAGGGUGGAUUCGGCGGUCCGGCUGGCGGCAUGGGUGGCGGCAUGGGAGCGAACUACGUGCAGAUUCUGCAGCGCGCGGUGCAGGAGAACCAGCUGCAGGCCUUUUACCCGCCAGGCUCGGUCGAGCAGAUUGCGCAGCGCGUCGGGCCUGCGAUCACGACGAUCUCGCAGCAGUGGAGUCUGCCGAUGGAGAUCGCGGUCGAUCUCGCCCGGCUGGCGCUGUAUGACGUUAUCCUCUACGUCGACGACUCGGGCUCGAUGGCGUUUGAGGAGAAGGGCGAGCGGAUUGCGGAUCUCAAGCUUAUCCUGAGCCGCGUGUCGUUCGCGGUCUCGCUCUUGGACUCGGACGGGAUCGAGGUGCGGUUCAUGAACAACAGCCUGCAAGGAAACGGAAUCCGCAACGAGCAGCAAGCCACGCAACUUGUCUCGCAAAUCAAGUUCCAGGGAAUGACCCCCCUCGGCACCGGCCUCGACAAGAAAAUCAUCGCGCCCAUCGUCGUCAACGGCGCGCGCUCGGGCAGUCUGCGCAAGCCCGUGCUCGUGAUUACAAUCACCGACGGCCAACCCGCGGGCGAAUCCUCAAAGACCGUCUUUGGCGUGAUCCAGAACGCGAAGCGGUCGGUCGCGCAAUCGCGCUUCGGACCGGGCGCGGUCGCGUUUCAGUUCGCGCAGGUCGGGAAUGAUCUGGGCGCACGCAACUUCUUGGCCUCGCUGGAUUCGGACCCUGAGGUCGGGAGUAUGGUGGAUUGUACUAGUAACUUUGAGGUCGAGCAGGAUGAGAUGGCGAGGAUUGGCGUUGAUUUGUCGCCUGAUACUUGGAUUGUCAAGUUGCUGUUGGGAGCAAUCGAUCGAUCCUACGAUUCAAACGACGAACAACCUAGACGUUAG